AAUCAUGCAGCACCAAAGCGGCCUUAGAAACGUGGCAAGUGCAAGUGAUGUUGUGGAACGGAUGAAUUUUUGAUUGGAUUCAUUGAGUUUCAUGAUGUCAAGCAAAACUUCGAGCGAAGAAACCGACAAAACUAAUGCCCCUGAUGUAUCCAGGGGUCUCUUCAGUAUGAAAUCAAUAAGUCUUAUAGUGUUGGUGAUUCAAAAUGCCUCCCUUAUCCUUACAAUGCGAUACACAAGAAUGACAGGAGGAAAACUUUAUGUUACAUCAACGGCCGUUGUUAUGACAGAGUUCUUUAAGUUAGUUGCCUGUUUGAUAAUCAUCCUCAUUGAACACAAAGGCAACAUUGUAAAUUGGGCAUCCUUCUUGUACAGUUCCAUCUUUGGAAACAUCACUGAUACAUUAAAAUUAGGUAUUCCUUCGCUCAUAUACACUGUGCAAAAUAAUCUAUUGUAUGUUGCUAUUUCAAAUCUGGAGGCUGCUACUUUUCAGGUGACUUACCAGCUGAAGAUCUUAACAACAGCAUUAUUUUCUGUGUUUAUGUUGAGGAAAACUCUUCAACAUGGUCAAUGGUUUGCUCUUGUCAUGUUGUUUGUGGGUGUUGCUAUUGUUCAAGUACAGAAUAUUGACAGCAACCAAAAACAAAUCUCAGAUGUUACUAGAAAACAGUAUCCAUGGAUUGGUCUUAAUGCAGUCAUAGUUUCAACCAUUUGUUCUGGAUUUGCUGGGGUAUAUUUUGAGAAAAUCCUGAAAAGUGGUAAAGCAGGAGUUUGGAUUAGAAAUGUACAAAUGGGGCUAUAUGGUAUUGUCAUUGGAUUGAUUGGUAUGUGGUGUAAAGAUGGUGCAAGAGUGCAAGAAGAUGGAUUUUUCCAUGGUUACACAAAAUUAGUCUGGUGUGUGGUCCUCAACCAGGCAUUUGGGGGAUUGCUAGUUGCGGUAGUUGUAAAGUAUGCUGACAAUAUUUUAAAAGGCUUUGCCACAUCAGUAGCCAUUAUCAUAUCAUGUUUUGUCUCAGUGUUUUUCUUUUCCUUUCAACUUAACUUAAAGUUUGUAGCUGGGGCAACCCUAGUUAUAUUUGCUGUUUACAUGUAUGGCAAAUGUGCAAUUGUACCUACUCAGGUAAAAAGUGACAUUCCGCGUGUUUCACGUGUUUGAAUCACAUUCUGUUCACGUGUUUCACAUAUUUGAACCGUAUCCUGUUCAAGUGCUUCACGUUUUUGAACAAAAUGUAAUACGCAUGCGUACCUUUGAAUAAACUGUUUAUUAAUUCUUUUUAUGGUCUUAAGACCAAUGAUUUGCACAGUUUUGAAUGCUGGCAUAAGAGAGCAGAUAUAUUACAUACAUUAAUCUCCAAAAA